AUGGUUGGCUCUUCCCGAUACAAUGGCCCGGGCGCUGCUCUCCGUGGCCAGACUCGUGCCCCCAGACAGCGCUCCCGUCCAGGCGACGACAGCUCCUCUGUCAUCAGCAAUGACUACCCCGUAGAUUCUUCCCCCUCCGGGCAGACCGACAGCGUGGCGCAACGGACAGGCAAGAUUCAGGAGCACCGACAUCUGGCCAUCCAGACAUCAUCAGCCCCCGCCCUUUCCAACAAUCCCACCAACGCCAGUGGUCCGACACCUCGUCCCUCCAAGGUGGCCCUCUCCCCCCUCGCCAUCAUCAACCUUAUCAGGGAUCUCAUAACAGCAACUACCAGUCUCCUUACAUGGCACGGACACGGUGGCGGACAAGGCAACAGCCCUUACAACAGCGGUCCUCGUUCUGCAGCAGGCAAUGGAUACAACAGCCACUAUGAUCAGAGCCCCAUGAUGUCGCCCGGCAGUCCCGACAGCUGGCGAUCACCUCCCUCUGGUCCUCGCGGUGGUGGUGGUGGCUACACCCCACAAACUCAAUACGCACCUUCGACUCAGUAUCAGCCACAGAGAGAUGAUUAUGGUCGGUCCAGGGGAGGAUACCCCCAAGAAUCCGAUUCGGACGAUUAUUACAGUCGCCAAGGAGGAAGCGUCGUUUCGGGCUACGGUCCUGGACCAAGACAUGAUCAGGGUCCAGGCCGUUAUCAGCAGGACGACCGCGGUCGGACUCUGAGUUACUCGACUUCAAUUGCUUCCAACACAUCGUCCGUCCUUGCAGCGCGCCGUGCCAGGAAUGAAAGGAACGAGCGGAGCCAACGCCAGAACAACGCCCAGGCUGACGAGUGGCUCACCUCCCCUACAGGAACAGAGAACGACACCGAGAUUCUUCCUUGGAGCGACGAUGAGGCAAUUGUCACCAAGGCUAUCCGCUCACCCCCUACUGGAUACUCGAACGAGAAGCAUCUGCCACCCAUUCCACGAGGAGGCGGAGGAGGAACUCAACAGCUUCCAGCUCAGCAGACCAAGGAUAUGUAUUCUGACCAGCCUACGUCUGGCCGCAAAAUGGACUCGGACAUGAUCAAGGUCGAGGUUGGUGGUACCACUACAGUCAUCCCUACAUCACCCGACGCUGGACCAGGCAUCAACUUUAUCAAGAACAUCAGCCCUCCCAACUCACUACCUACCAACUAUGGUGCUCAAUCCCAAGGACUAACGGGUGCCAGUCAAUCCAUCACAGGAGCAGCCACGUCUCUGAGAGCUGCAGCAGUGUUUAGUGAGCAAAAGACCAAGGUAGCGGAGCAACAAUCACCCACCACAUCUCGCCCCUUCAAUAGACGCACCUCUUCAGAGUGGGGAGGGCAGCGUAUCAGUUUGGACGACAUGCUCGCAGCUCCUUCUCCUUUGACCCGUGAUGACCAGCAGCAAGCCAAGAACAGCUGGCAGGCAUCUCCACCACUGCGCGCGCGGGGGGGUGGGUCUUCCACUUUCACCGACAUGAAGAGCAAGCGCCGCAGUAGUUUGCCCGACAAGUUUGUCCCCGACUGGAACGAACACGCCCAGGCAUGGAGGAGUAGCAUUGGUCAGAAGCGCACUUCUUGGUUGGCUUCUGGCAAGGGCACCCACGACGACGACGACCAAAAGGAGGUGAAGGGCAAGGACGACUUUCUCAAGGAAAACCGGCAAUGGGCUGACAGGAUGGGAGACGUCAAGAAGGCAGCUCCCUCGGAUUCUAAGCGAUUCUCGGAUCAGAGUAGCCUCCACCGCUACAUCCAGGUCAAGGUCAAGAUCCAUUUCAAGAGACAGGCGGUCAAGAGGCAGCAGGAGUUCCCGCUUCAGCUCCCUGUCAAGAUCCCGUUCUCACUCUCCCGCACACUCCAGGUCGCGUUCAAGAUCACCUGCCCAUUCCAGGAGAUCUCGCUCCCAUUCUCGAAUAUAAACGACAUUGUGCCAGGAGGACGCCCUUCAGUAGAUCUGGAUACUUCUCGUCGCAAGUCGGAUCGUUACUCGUGGGAGACCAACGACAACAACAACAGCAACAACAACAACAAGGAGCUUCAGCGCCUCUCAUGGGAAUCGGCUUCUCCCAUGCCUCUGCCAUUAACAAAGGACAUGCCCAAGGAGGAUGUUGUCCGAAAGCCCUUGGGAGGAGGUCUUUUGAGCGACUCGGACUCCGACAGCAUGGACUCACCUCCUCUUAAAGUCCAGUACUCUCGUCGGCCCAUCCACGACGACGACGACGAUGACGACAAAUCAACCUUUUCGUCCAAACAUCCAGUAUCCAUCAUCUCGACCUUCAACCUCCCACCAGCCACAUCUCCAACGUCGCCGCCCGUGAUGCCACCUCUUCCCGUCCCAUCCUCCCCAACUGAUACAAAGAAGGCCAAUGGCAUGAUGGGAGCGUCUACCAGAGACUACCUCGACUACAAACCCAUGGCGCCUCCUCCAAUCCCCAACUCGCCCCCUCAGGCUCCUCAACAAAACCAGACCAUGAUGACCUCCGUCACCACCGUUUCGAUUGAGGCCACCACCGCGACUAUCUCCAGUUCCAGAGUGUCUGUCGACAGCUUCAAGAACGUCCCUGGUCAAACUGGCGCCAACAACAGCAAUCGUAACUUGGACUUGACUGACACGGAGCUUGACACUGAUUUUGAUACUGACAAUGAGUCAGUGGUUCCUAGUCGUCGUAAUGCUCCUCCCACACCUAUCAAGACCACCCAAUUGACGCGUAACGAGUCUACAACGAGCUCGAUCAGCGUGUUAUCUGCGCGGUCCAACAGGUCGUUCAUGUCGUCGUCCUCGUCGAUCCUGUCUGGAUCGCCUCCACCUCAGAGAGCCCCUCCACCCAUCCCAGGUUCUGACAGCGGAGCCGGAGGAGCUGCUGCUGCUGCUGCUGCUGUUGCCGUCGUGGGAGCAGCGGCCGUUGUUGGAUCAGGACUGUUUGGUGGCGCAAAGCGGUCAGCCAGUGGUGGAAGUGCCCGCGGUGUCCGAUCUGGUCUGAGUAAGCAGAUUCUGCCUCCUGCCGGACCACCACCACCACCACCUCCCUCUUCUGACAUUGGCGCCACAGCCAACAAGCCCUCGUACGGUAUCCUGCCCCCACCGAUUCCGUCGUCCUUUACGGAGCCAUCCUCGGUCGCUACCGUGGCUUCGGUUGCUGUAGUACCAACGACUGCUGCCAUCCAGAUCCAGAUGCUUGCCGAUGACGACCAGAGUCGCUCGCAGAUGGGCGCUAUUUCAAUGGAGACCGACGACCGCCUGCUGACGCGCCUCAACAACCGUGUUGCGCAGCUGGAGAAGGAGCUCGAGUUUGCUCAGCAGGACCUCGAGGCCAGCCAGGACGAUGCCAUCGAGUUGCAGAACAAGGUCCGCGAUCUGGAGCUGGAACUGGAGGAGCAGUCGGCCAAGGCAGGCGCGAUCUCAAGCGAGCAACACCGCGGUCUCGAGCAAGAGCAUGCUUCGGCCAAGUCUGCGUGGGACACCGAGCGUGACCAGCUUCUCAAGAGCCUUGAACAGCUUCGUGAGGACCAUUUGGACGAUCUUGAGACCAAUCUUGAUCUACAACGUAGUAAGCAUGGCCGAGUCUUGGACGACCUCAAGGCGGAACAUGCGGCGGCCUUGCUGGCAGAACAGGAUCUCCUUCACGAAAAGCACACCCGAGCCCUGGACGAUCAAGAGGACCGAUUGAAGCGUGAGCACCAGGAUGCGAUGGAUGAGCUUUUGGGACAGCUGGACACGAUGCAAGCCAAGCAUGCGGAUGCCCUGCGGGAUCAACAGUCCGAGCAUGAAGCCAAGGCACUCGAGAGUGAUGAGAGGUGGCGAUCCCAGCUGGAGAAUGCAGAUGAUGCUCUCGAAAACAAGUCUAAGGAGCUGGUUGCCAUUGCCGUGGCUCACCAACAGGCACUUGAGGCUCACGAGCACCAACUUUCCGAGAAGGAUCUGGUCUUGAUCAAGUCGACUGCGGACCGUGAGCAGGCUGUCAAGGAUCUGGAGCAUCACAAGAGGGAGACGGAGCAGGCACUGGAUCGUCUUGAGGCUGUGUUGGUCGAGGACAAGCAGGCCCAUGCCGAGUUGAUCAAGGACCUCGAGUCCAAGUCCAUGAGGCUGGAGGGCCGCAUUGCCGAGCUCGAGGGCGAGCUCCAGGAGCUGAUGCAGGAUAACGUCCAGAUUGUCGAGGAGAUGCAGAGACGUGAGGACUCCUGGGCUGAGGAGCGGGCUAUGCUUCGUGCCAGCGCCAGUGACGGUAGUCAGGAUCAAGAUGCUAGGGUUCAGGAGUUGCAUGAGCAGUUGAUCGCGAUGACAGAGUCGAAGCGACAGGCCGAUUCGCAGUUCCAGGGCAUUGUCAAGGGUCUGUUGAGAGAGGCUUCGACCAAUAAGAAGGAGCUUGAGUCGAGCCGUAAGGAGAAUGAGUCGAACCGUGAGCAGCUGGAGUCGCACCGUGAGCAGCUGGAGUCGAACCGCGAGCAGCUUGAACAGGAGCGCCAGACUCGGGAGGAGAUGGUACAGCAGUUGGAGACGAUCCAUCAAGAGCUUGUCGGCAUUCAGCAGGAGCGUCAGGCCCUCCAACAAGAACGCCAUACCCUUCAGCAGGACAACGAGUCCCUCCACCAGCAGUACCAGUCGCUUCAGCAAGAGAUCCAAUCGCUGCAAGAGGAGAGGCACUCACUUCAGGAGAAGGAGAGAUCGUUGCUUGAGCAGAAGGAUCAUGCUGAGCAAAAGUGGAACACUCUUGAGCGCAGCCAGCAGGAUCUUGAGAGCCGGUACGAAACCCAGAAGCGCAGUGGCAGCGAGGCGGUGAUGGCGAUCCAGAAGGAGCUCGAAGACCGGUUGAAGGAAUUGGAGCAGGUUCUGUCGAACGAGCAGGCCAAGGCUCAGGACCUCGAGAGGGCUCUGAACCAGACGCAGGCCAAGGCCAGUAAGGAUAUGCAGCAGGAGCAGUUCACGGCCCAGACACGUUUCGAUCAGGUCGAGGCCGCUUUGAAGGCCAAGGAGGCGCAGGUGAAGAAGCUUGAGCAAGAGGCCGAUGCGACGAUCAAGAUCCAGACGGAUCUGUUGCAGAGCAUGGAGCGUGAUGCGGCCAAUUCGAGCAAGAAGCUGGAGGCGAGUAUGAUGGGCAAGAUGAAGGAGAUGGAGAAGAUGUUUGAGGAGGAGAAGCAGAGGUUGCAGCAUCAGGUCCACCAGGAGCUCAGCCAGAGUUAUGAGCAAGAAACUCUGGAGAGGGAGACGCGUCUUCAGCAGCAGUUGGAUUCGAUUCAUCAGCAGGAGUUGUCGAUGACCCGGCAAGAAGUCUCGAGCAAGUACGAACAGCAGUUGCAACAGUCGAAGCAGCAGUUUGAGCAACAGUUGCAGGCGUCGAAGGAGCAGGUACAGGUGUUGAAGCAGCAGUAUGAGCAGCAGAUGCAAGCCAUCAAGCAGCAGCAAGAGGCUGCAUUGGAGCAGACGACACAGUCGCUCGUGCAGCAGUCCAAGGCGAUGGAGGAGCAACUGGAGAAGCUGAAGGAGGAAGUCGAGAGUGAGCGGUUAGAACGUGAGGUCGCUGUCAAGGAUCGUACUUACCUCGAACGCCGUGUUGUGGGUCAUGACCGUCGCCAAAAGGAACUCGAGAGUGGUCUUGAGGCAAUUCAGGCAGAGUUGGACCAGUCCAGGGCCAAGUUCGGUCAGGACCUGCAGGAGGUUGAGCGGUCCAAGAUGAGUCUUGAGCGCAAGUUGGGCAUGGCCAAGGAGGAUGUUGAGGAGUUGAAUAAGAUCCGGGAUGAGCUUGAGGGAGACCGGGCGGAGCUCAGAAAGGAGUUGUCGCGUCUGAAGAAGGCUGGUCCUGCAAAGGGAUCUGGUGGUGGUGGAGGUGGGGAUAAUGCGGCGUGGGAGGCAGAGAAGCGUGGGUUGAAGGAUCAGGUGCGGGCGUUGGAGGAUGAGGUUCAGAUCAUGCUUGAGAAGAACAUGAACCUCACGAUCGAGCUCAGCAUGAAGUAG